GACCCAAUGCCGCUGAGUGUUGGGAAACAUUUUCUUGUGGAAGUUCAGGAUGAUGGCCCUCCAUUAUGUAGAAUUGGCCUUCAGAUUAAUCUCACUGUUAAACCAGAAUACUGCAAAGCCUCCAACGAUUCAGCACUUUGCUCGAGUCAUGGAAAAUGUCAAACACAACCUUGGCAGGCAGCUUAUUACUGCCAUUGUCAGCUUCCCUACACUGGCCUUUACUGUGAGGAGUAUGAUGCCUGUUCAUGCGAGACCUUGCCUGAAUGGAGGUACAUGCGCUGACAGGAAGGAAGGGCUUGAAGGAAGAGAUUACUGACUGCACUUGUCCACCACAAUUUUCAGGCGCCUUUUGUGAGGAGAUGAUGAGGUACUGUGAUUUGCUGCCAUGUUUCAAUGGGGGACUGUGUCAGGACACAAUGUCAGAAUAUAUCUGUGAUUGCCCAGCCGGCUUCAUUGGACACAACUGCGAGAUCAAUAUGGAUGAGUGCUCCUCACAACCUUGCCUGAACGGAGGUUCAUGCUUCGAUGGAAUAAAUAAUUUUAGUUGUAUCUGCAACGUUCGAUAUGCUGGAGACCUGUGUGAGAAUGUGGUUGGACCAUGUGCUUCUUGCUUGAGCAAUGGGAGCUGUGUCUACACAGAGACAAAUUGGUGUGUCCAGAUCGAUUGCUAUGAUUCUUACAUUACCACAGUGACACUUUGGAAUUACUUCUUUGAGCACAAAUCAUCUUGGGACAUCACAAGCUCAUGA